AUGCAAAGUAAAUAGAAGAUGUUUAAUAGUUUUAACGUAGUAAUAUUGCAUUAUUUUUCGUCUAAUACCUUUGUUCUCAUUUUGAUAAUAUUUCUGGAAUCUGUGUUAAUCUCAAUAAGAAUACUUAAAUAAGUAUCUCAGAUUAAAUAAUUAUAAUAAUAUCUUUCUUUCUCUCUCAUUGAAUAUAUGUCAAAGCGUGAUCACAAUGAGCCGUAGAAAUUCAUUAUCAUUUAAAUUAAAUAUAUCAUUUAAAACAGUCAUUCGAUGGUCUUUAUUUAGAAUUAUAAUAUCAAUAUAAGCAUUCCCUAUAAAUAUCACAAGUUGUUCCAAAUUCGGCCUUCUAACAUUUAAACACUCAAAUGUUGUUCUCGCAAUAUCAUAAUAAUGUAACAUCCUAUAUAAAGUGCAAUCGCCAAUGCAGCACAGUGACACACAUACGCGGCUUUACACUAAACCAAUAAUAGAAUAAAACCUAUCCAAACUCCCUCUCUCACGCACACAUACACAACGCAAUCAAUGAUCUGCUUGUGCCUACGCGCACACACAUAACAAGUAUUGGAAAUAUUGGCUUUGAAAACAUUUACGGGAUAUUUGCAAAAUGUUCCGCCAAUCGGACCAUCUAUACCCCUCUCUUUCAUAUUGAAUAGACGCACUUACAAUAGAGCGAGAGAGCGCACCCAGUUUUACAACUUGCAGAGGGACAAUGGAUACGCUAUUGUUGAAAGUACCCCAAACUUUUUUUAGGUCAUAUAAAAGUAUUACAUUUGUUAGGGUCGUGCCGCCUGUAUGCACUUACACCAUUCGAUUCGCAGUCAACUCCGGAGACGGAUCGUAGUCUCCUACGCAGUCCAGUUUAAGUGUAAAUUAUUUUAAAUCAGUGUCAGUGAGUGAGUGAGUGGGUUUCUAAUAAUACAAUGUCAACAGCAGCAACAACUAAUCGUGCUAGUGAAAUGUGGAACAAUCAUAUAGAUGUGAACGCCCAAAGUGUAAGACAAAACAAACAUAACGCGUAUAAACAAUACCCAACGAUGGCUAAUGAGUAUUAUAACUAUCAGAACAAUUAUUAUCCUCAAAACUGUGAUUAUUCUAACGUCUUAAGUGCUGGUUAUGGAAAAAUGUACGGACAGGAUUCUAGUGAAGGUGUCGUUAAGUCUGAGCCUGCCCCUUGGCCGGCUUAUCAUCCGAACUACAUGAAUGGAAACCAGACUAACAUGGAAAUGAUCAAUAGGUGGAGAGAAAUGAGCUAUUACGCACAACAACAACAACAACAUGAAAACUAUGGUUAUGAGCAAAGAGUGAAUUCAAUGAAUCAGAUUAAAGUAGACAAGGCCGAAGAGGUGAGAAUGAUCAAUUCACCCGGCCAGUGCAGUCUCCCUGAAACCAGUUAUGGAUCACCACAAAGCACAACUAGUAAUUUUAAACCACCAACCCCUGAAGCAGAUGAUUCACCAAACUUAAGAGCUCUACUUUCUAAGCCUAAAGCCAAAAACCCGUCGCCUUACUUCACAAAGUGUGACAAAACGUAUUCGCAGGAAAUGCUACAACGCAUGAUGUUUAACUCAGAGGAGGUGAGCGAAUGGGAAAAAAACAAUGAAAGUGUAGAGAAGGAAUGUAAUUUGUCGCAAUUUCAUGGUGGAUACGAACGCGUCGAGGGUCAAACGUCAAUCAAGAAAGAUGCUGUGGGUGGAGCGCUGGCGGAAGGCGCACAGUCAUCACAGGAGUCAGUGGAAGCCUGUCAAGAUAUGACGAGGGUCGAAGCAGGCGGGGACAAUGCGGAUUACGCGGAGAACAAAAUGGCCGCCGUGCAAGAUGCUCAAGCAUUCUAUCCGUGGAUGAAGAGUGUUGGUGGCGACGACAAAAAGGAAGGCUCAAAACGGACCAGACAGACCUAUACCAGAUUUCAAACUCUAGAAUUGGAAAAGGAAUUCCAUUUCAAUAAGUACCUCUCAAGAAGGAGAAGAAUAGAAGUCUCCCACGCUCUUGGUCUGACAGAACGACAAAUCAAGAUAUGGUUUCAAAACAGAAGAAUGAAAGCGAAGAAAGAUGGAAAGUUGACGUCAUCUCCAGAUCCCUAUGGGGUUGAUGAAAUAGGGGCAACCAAGUUGGGUAAUAUGCCUGAGUAUUUGGAUACGAGGCAACGGAUGCCUGCAUUAGGGGAGUACCCAAACUAUCACAUGAACGCUUCGCCCACCAUGCCACCCCACAUACCAGGUCCCGUGCCACACAAUAACUAUAUGAUGCCACAAUAUGAAGGCAUCAAGAUGUGACCGUAGACAUUCCUUAAAUAGAGCAUAGUAAUAGUAUAUGUGAUGUUGAUUAAUGAGAGAUCCUUAACGUUUAAAGUUUACAUUAUUCAUGAUUUUUUGAUGUUCAUUUGCAUCUAUAUUAAAAACUUGUUUCGUAUCAUUGUAUUAAUUUUACGGAAUUAUGUA